GGGGUUGACUUACCCGUACUAUCCUUGAGGGAUAGUACCCUCUUACGAACUCACGGGCAUGACCCUGGUAGUGCCCGGGUACACCCGUGAUAAACCCUAAGCUACACAGGUAUAAAAGUCGUGAAGCGCGGUCGUACGACUCUUGUACGUUUCUUGUCCACAUACUCUUGCCAUUAUAUCGGCUUUCAAUUAUGAGCGACAAAGGAAGUUUCGCGGGCAACGGAGGUGGAGGGCCUGGAGUGGAGGUUUUUCAGGCAACCGAGGCAGAGGGUCUGGAUGUGGGGAUUUCCGAGGGUGGUUAUGUCCAAAGCGGCGGCGGUCAACAAGAUGGUCCAGGCAGUGGGCCAACAGGUGCAGGGGUUCCUGGAGAUAGGAUUUUUGGAAGCCCUGCACCUGUUGACAAACGCCUUCAGAUCUCAGACGCACUUGUACAGGUUCUGAAGAAGCUGCCGUACAAGCCAGAGCAUCCCCAUUGCCCCGGUUUUGGUACACUGGGAAUUCCAAUCACAGUGGGGGCGAACUUCGCAGUCAAGUUCAAAAAACAGCUCAGUUCCCGCUCGGAAAUUGCCGCCGCCGGUCGUCGUCCGAAUGUCAAAGACGGUAGCUGGAACAUCUUGGACGUUGAGUUCCAUCCAGGCGCGACGGUUAAAUCGUGGUGUGUUCUUGUGGUUCUCGAUGGUCGACCAGCCUUCGGUGGCAAUCCCAAUGACCAAGCCUUGACGUCAGUAUGGCAAGGGUUUGCCCAGAAGUGCCGGCGUAGCGGUAUGAAGGUGGAGAAGGAUCCCAAAGUUUUAUUCACUCCCCAGCUUCCGCCGCAGGUAGAGGAUCCCAACCGCCAGCGGGCUCUCGAUAUGAUCCGUCAGACUAUUGUCGAAAGCAACAAUCCACGUGAAAAACCGUCCUUUAUUCUCGUACUCUUGUCGGGACGGGAUAAUUUCAUUUAUCCAGGCAUCAAGCGGCUGUGUGACAUGGUCCUGGGAGUACACACCCUUCACAUGUUAAUUGAGAAGGUUUUGAGGGAUCACCCCAAGCAGGAUCAGCACUUCUCGAACGUUGCUCUUAAACUCAACAUCAAGUUAGGUGGUAUUAACCACCUACUGGAUCCCGCAAGCACCAAAUGGCUCACACGGAAAAAGACAAUGGUAUUGGGUAUGGACGUAACCCACCCGAGUCCAGGUAGCCUUGAAGGCACUCCGUCUAUUGCUGCGGUUGUGGGAAGUGUCGACGAUAAAUUCGUCCAAUUCCCCGCGAGUUUACGUUGCCAGGAAUCAAAGAAAGAGAUGAUCACCAAUUUGGCUGAAAUGGUCACCGAAAGAUUGCGCCAAUAUCAAGAGGUCAGUAAAGCCUUACCGGAUCGCGUCUUCGUAUAUCGCAACGGUGUAUCGGAGAGGAACUCCCUGGUAUCUUGGAUGCCUUCCGAUGCUAACCGGGGGAAGCCAUAUCGCCCUGCACUGACCAUCAUCAUCUGCGGGAAAUGCCACCAUAUGAAAUUCUUUCCCGUCAGGCCCGAGUUUGGCCUCGGAACCGUCGUCGAUAAGGGCAUCACAUCCGUCUUUGAUUUCGAUUUUUACCUCCAAGCACACGCAGGCCUCCAGGGCCAUGUCAAAAGCACCCAUUACACCGUGGUGUACGAUGAGAACAAACUCGAGGCCGACGAAGUUCAACAAGGUCUAAACACCGCAAGUUACUUGUAUGCGCGUGCAACCCAGGCCGUGAGUCUCGUACCUGCAGCCUAUUAUGCCGAUUUGGCAUGCAAACGUGGUCGUUGCUACCUCAACGAAUUCCUCCAAGCAGACGAUAAGUCGAGCACUCUGGUCUCGAGAGGGAGUGGUCACUCUAGGCAAGCAAAGGAAGAGGCUAGGCGUAAAGUGUACAACGAUGCGGUGAAAGCAUUGGCUGCAGGCGCACAUCCAGACUUGAAGGAUUCCAUGUUUUACAUUUGAGACUAACCUUCUGUUACUGUUCUGCUACAUAUGCUUUCGCGCUUUUUGUAUCCAGGUGAUUACUGACAUGUACUAUAUGUAAAGAACUCUUCUGGCGCAACUAGCGUAAAGAUUUGAAGCCAUGAACGCAGCCUACGCGUCAGAAAAGGGAGCAUGUCACGGUAGCCUUCUGAUGUGCGUCGGAACGAGUCUUAUAAGUCGUCGACC